AUGGUCAAAUUCACAUCAGGUUGGACCAACCCGAAGAGAUGCCUCGCAAGGGGAGUCAAAAGGUUAAGACAGGAUGCAUUACUUGCAAAGUCCGCAAAGUCAAGUGCGACGAAACCAAACCAAGCUGUUCUCGGUCUCACUUCCGAAGGAGUGGCUUCCCUGUCUCAGCCACAUGUUGUUUUCCCAAGUACAACGGCCAAGGAGGGCCGCGCUUUGCAGUACUUUUGCGAGGUUGUUGGGCCAGCCAUGUCUGGUACUUCAGACCCCUACUUUUGGACACACCUUGUCAUGCAGCUCGGAGCCAAUGAGGCCGCGGUUAAGCACGCUCUUGUCGCGAUAAGUGGUCUCUUUGAGCAAGUUGACGAAUUGCAGCAAGAGGUCACCGCGGGCCAGCGACUCGUCCACCAGAGACAGGCAUUGCACCACUACAAUGCAGCAAUUCGGGAACUCAAGACCGAGGACUUGAAAGAAAAGCAGAUUGUUGUACUUGUGGUCUGCCUUCUAUUCAUCUGCAUUGAGGCCUUACGGUCAGAUGUGCAGUCAGCUGUACGCCACGGUCGACACGGGAUCGAAAUCUUGAAAGCCGCCUUACCUAACAGCGGGUGGAUCAAAGAUCACCUGCUGCCCAUUUUUCGCCGUUUGAGCGUGUCCGCCUUUUACUUCAGCGAUAAUGACGGCACGUUCCUUGACAUGCCCGAAUUGUGGGAGCCUGCCCCAUGCUCUUUUUCAACAGCGUAUGAUGCUCAGCACAUGUUUGACAUCAUCAUCGCCCGGAUAUCACACCUAACGCUCGUCAUUGCCGAGACGGGACAAAAAACAGAUGUGGAGCGAGAGGGGACCAAAACACAACCCCCUUAUUCUGACGAUCACCGGGCCGAACAAGCUAUUGUCAAGGAUCUUCUGGAGAAGUGGCUGUAUAUGUUUGCCCAGCUCAUCGCCAAGAUACAUCAUAUAGAUGCGAGCGGGAAACGCUUGAGUUCCCAAGAGCAGUACCAGAAGAAGAAGAUGCAAGUAUUCAUGCUGACUCGCUACGAGGCCGCUCGAAUAUGGAUCGAGAUGGCAUUUGACGGAGACACCCCAAAAGCCAGAGACAGGUUCCUCCCUAAUUUUCAAAGAGUGCUCAAGCAACUUCAAUGGCUCCAGUCUCAGAUGCCACCGGAUGUUCAGGCUGCCACCGGAAAGCAGUCGCCGCAGUUCAUGUUCGAAAUGGGAUUCACCGCCAUCAUCUUCUACUUUGUGUCCGCAUGUCCUUACCCCGAAAUUAGGCUCGAAUUCUUAAGAUUUAUGCAGCUUUUUGGACUUCCGAGAGAGAACCUCUGGGAUCGAGACGUUCUGAUGGCCGCAGGAAGAAAGAUUAUCGAAGAUGAGAAUGGUAUCAAGUUGGAAGACUGUGAGCGGUCGCUAACGUUGCCCUCGAGUCCCGGCCUUCUCAUUGAUCUUGCGACGCCAGGGUCAUCGACAUCUACACAUCCAACCAUACAUCUAUCAGAUUUCUCCUUACCACCAGCGGAUUUUGACGAUCUCGUUGACGAUUCUUCCACGUUUGUCUUUAACAAGACAUUGAAAUCACAUCCCUGGUGCUCUAUGCCGUGGAGCAUUCAGAUAGGCCCACGAGAAACUUCGAAAAUGAAUCAAUAA